AUGAAAUGUUUGAAGCGUUUAAUCGACAAAGACGGCGCAGGAGAUGUAACUUUAAUAUGCGAGGAAGCAGAAGAUAUGUGGCAUCUUUACAAUCUUGUAAGGGUCGGUGACACCUUAAGAUGCUCCACAAUAAGAAAGGUGGUUACCGAAUCAAAUACUGGCACUACUUCUAGUCAACGUGUUCACACCAUAUUGUCUAUUUGUAUAGAAACGGUUGAUUUUGAUGCGGCAGGAGGUACUCUUCAUCUGAAAGGAAAGAAUGUUGUUGAAAAUGAGCAUGUUAAAAUGGGUGCGUAUCAUACAUUAGAUGUUGAGAUCGGCCGGAAAUUUGUAUUGGUGAAACCAUUUUGGGAUUCCGUAGAUUUGGAUCGCUUGAAUAUGGCUUUAGAUCCAGCAAAAAACGCGGAUGUUGCUGCUAUUGUAAUGCAAGAAGGAUUGGCCCAUUUAUGCCUUUUAACAUCCGCUAUGACAAUAGUGAGGGCAAAAAUUGAAAUUCAGAUUCCUAGAAAAAGAAAAGGUUUUACAAAUCAGCAUGAAAAAGGCCUUCAACGGUUUUACGACGCUUUAACAGCAGCCUUUAUUCGUUGUGUUGACUUAAAGGUUCUUCAGUUUUACUUCAAAGACUUUGUGGAGCAAGCUCCAUCCAUUUAUUUGACGGUUUGGCUAUUUCACCGUCAGUUCAGUAAAAUGAUAGCAGAUAACCGGAGCAAGUUUUUAUUGACGCAUGCUAGCAGUGGAUUUAAACAUGCUUUAAAAGAAGUCCUUGCUGAUCCGGGAGUUGCUCAGGCAUUGGCAAAUACGAAGGCACAGGGAGAAGUCAGAGCAUUAGAAACAUUUUAUAAUUUAAUGGCUAACGAGCCAGCCAGAGCAUUUUACGGGUUCAAGCAUGUCACACGAGCUAAUGAAAACUUGGCUAUUGAAACUCUGAUGGUUUCUGAUUCACUUUUCCGGUCGAACGACUUGCAGCAGAGAAAAAAAUACGUUGCGCUUGUGGAGUCAGUUAAAGAACAGGACAGCAAUGUUUUGAUAUUUUCUUCUAUGCAUGUUAGUGGCGAGCAGCUUGGAUUGUUAGGAGGUGUUGCAGCAAUACUACGUUUUCCGCUGCAUGAACUAGAGGAAGAAGAGAUGUGA